GCAAACUCGCCGAGAAGCUGCCCGUGACCAUGAGCAGUUUGCUGAACCAACUGCCCGACAAUCUGUACCCCGAGGAGAUCCCCAGCGCGCUCAACCUCUUCUCUGGCAGCAGCGACUCGGUGGCCCAUUACAAUCAGAUGGCUACAGCCUCCCACCCGGGAUGGAGCCAUGUGCGGCGUGGAGUCCCCGCGGUGGGAGAGAGAAUGUGAUGGACAUCGGUCUGGCCAACGAGAAGCCCAACCCCGAACUCUCUUACUCCGGCUCCUUCCAGCCAGCCCCCGGCAACAAGACCGUGACCUACUUGGGAAAGUUCGCCUUCGACUCCCCUUCCAACUGGUGCCAGGACAAUAUCAUCAGCCUCAUGAGCGCCGGCAUCUUGGGGGUGCCCCCAGCCUCGGGGGCGCUCAGCACGCAGACGUCUACAACCAGCCUGGUGCAGCCGCCGCAGGGAGACGUGGAGGCUAUGUACCCGGCGUUGCCCCCCUAUUCCAACUGUGGCGACCUCUACUCGGAGCCAGUAUCUUUCCACGACCCCCAGGGUAACCCAGGGCUCGCCUACUCCCCACAGGAUUACCAGUCGGCCAAACCCGCUUUGGACAGCAAUCUCUUCCCCAUGAUUCCUGACUACAACCUGUACCACCACCCCAACGACAUGGGCUCCAUUCCGGAGCACAAGCCCUUCCAGGCCAUGGACCCCAUCCGCGUCAACCCGCCCCCCAUCACUCCCUUGGAGACCAUCAAGGCAUUCAAAGACAAGCAGAUCCACCCGGGCUUCGGCAGCCUGCCGCAGCCACCGCUCACGCUCAAGCCCAUCCGGCCCCGCAAGUACCCCAACCGGCCGAGCAAGACCCCGCUCCACGAGCGGCCGCACGCCUGCCCGGCCGAGGGCUGCGACCGCCGGUUCAGCCGCUCGGACGAGCUGACUCGGCACCUGCGCAUCCACACUGGCCACAAGCCCUUCCAAUGCCGGAUCUGCAUGAGGAGCUUCAGUCGCAGCGACCACCUCACCACGCACAUCCGCACGCACACGGGCGAGAAGCCCUUUGCCUGCGAGUUCUGCGGGCGCAAGUUUGCGCGCAGCGACGAGCGCAAGCGCCACGCCAAGAUCCACCUCAAGCAAAAAGAGAAGAAGGCGGAGAAAGGCGGGGCGCCCUCGGCGUCUGCGGCUCCCCCCGUAUCCCUGGCCCCUGUGGUCACCACCUGCGCCUGAGGCUCGGGCCCCCGGAUCCCCACUUGAACCCUUCCAGUGCCUCCCGGCUGUUCGCUUGAAAAGCAGCGGGGAAAGCCAACCACGCAGGCGCAGGGGCCGCGCCCUGGCCCGCUCCAUGGACGUGCGGCCCCUGGCUCCCCUUCGACACCCCCUUCCUCCACACACACGUGUACGCGCGUGCGCGCACGCCAGUCCCCAACCUUUGACACCGACCUGUGAGGUCGGAGGCCGGGGCUAGAGGCGUCUUUUCCUGGCCAUCAGUACCGCGCCACUCCCCGCCUCCCGCCGCGGCUCCUUAGCCAAGGCACGGGGGCGGAAAGGUGGCGUCUAGCCCGCUUUGUUCCGUUUGGAUCGUCUCGAUCCAGGGGCCAAGGGGCCAUGCCAAGGACUGAAGGUGGGAACCCCUCUCGACCCUCGCACCUCACUGUUUGCCCCGCGUCUCCCUCCGUUUCCCCCGCCCCGCCCCGCCCUUCGACGACCCGCCAGGGUGGGCUGAGGGAGUACCGAGCGCACCAAAGCGCGGAGCAGGUUACCCGGCGCACGCGCGCGCUCACGCGCGGCCACGUGCGGGGUGUGUGCGUGCUCGCGUGUGUGUGUGUGUGUGUGCUGUGAGAGGGGGGUGGGGUGCGGGACGUGUGUGUUGCGCGUGCGUACGUGUGCGUGAGACUCUGGAGCUGAACUUGAGCUGUGUCUACCCUAAACUCUUCCUUCACCUCAGCAACCUCAAGUGUCCCAGGCGUUGGGGCCUGCACGUGGCUGGAGGAGAUGGGUUUGCCAUCAGGCCUUGGAGGCCGCGACUGCCGCUUCGGAGACUCUGGUUUUCCAUGCGCUUUCCCUCGCAGGCCGCACCCAAGCCUGCAGGUCCACGUGCCCAUUUAUCCUUCCCGCCAAUCCUGGGAAAGGAGAAGCUCUCUUGAUACUUCCUGGGUCAUCGCCGACACCACAGGUAGAAGUUAAGUCUGUGGGGGCGUGCGUGUGUGUGUGUGUGUGUGUGUGUGUGUGUGUGUGUGUAUGUAGCACACGGUCUGGAUAAUUCCCAGCAAAAUGAAAUCUCUAAGGUACUUGGGCGUCCGGUGCGGUGCACUGCAGGCGUCUACAGCUUUAAAGGGUUUCUUUUUUAUGAGACUUGGAACUGCUGAGCUGAGAGCCACACGUGUUUGGGGGAAUAUUAUAAAAACACCUCGAUCUCCAAGUGUCCCUCCUAGGGACAGGGAGUAUUUUUUUUUUUUUUUGAAUUUUUGUUAUU